AUGAAUGCCAUGAACACGCGUAAUGGCGCUCUGUCGCCCCUCUCCACCGACAGCCAAGAGUGGUCGCCCAUUACAGGCUACCGGAACAUCGCCGGCGACAACCCAUACUCGCCCACGAUCCCUCCCAACGCAUAUGGGCCCAGCAACCCCGAUGGCGGCAUGCUCAAUGGUAUGCGCCCUGGCACCAGCAAUGGAAACCCCUCGCCGCCCAGUUCAGUAGGCCGAUCGAGCGACGGCACGGGACUGUAUGCCUCGAGCAUAAGUGAUAGUACACGCCCCAUCAUGGAUGGUAGGAAGAUGCAGGCGCUAGAGGAGACCAUGUCGGAACAUUUUAGAGUGCUCAAGGCAUACCUAGGGCCCUACCUCAAUGACGAGAAGGGCAAUCCGCGUCCGAGCAGGGCCAAGGACAAGCUGACCAGACUAUCUGCUGUCCAGUUCCAGGAGCUCAGCACCGACGUAUAUGAUGAGUCGAUACGCAGAGAAACGGACCGCAAGCGGGGAGGGCCAGGUGCGCCUGGCAACGACACUCCCAAAUACCUUCUACCCAAGAAUAAUUUCCAUCCCAAGCGCAACCAGGCGAGGCAAAAGCUCUCCACACUGCCUCUCGAGCGUUUCCGUCAACUCGCAACCGACGUCUUCUACGAACUCGAACGGAGAUUCCCGCGCUUCACCGGGGGUGACAUGCACCCACGACCCUCGAGCCCCAACGGCAGCAUCGCAAGUCGCAUAAGUAAUAGAGGGCCUCCGAGUAGAGGCGGCACACCGAAUAGCAUGGGCGGACGACCCCCGCCAGGACCGGGCUAUAGAGGGCCACCUCCAAUGGGCGGGCCCAUGGGGCCUAUGGGUGGGCCCCCAGGAGGACCUCCAGGUCCACCGGGAGGACUGCGGCCCGGUUCAGGGAACGAGCCAGGUUCUUUCGGGCGCCCGCUUCCGAAGACGUUCCAAUCCAACACAAUUGUGCCAAACAAGGGCACACUAGUCGAAGAUGACGACGAUAGCGGAGCGGACGAUGACGAUGCAUUUAACUUAGAAGGCGCUGCUGCGAGAAGACAGACAAAUAAGAGCGCAAAGAGCAUNAGCAUGGCGCACGAGAAGAUAACUGCGGAUUUGCAAAACCAAGUCUCUGAGUUGCAGGGCAAGGUUGACUCAUUAGAGGCUACCAUACGUAACAAGGACGACGAGCUGCAGCGACUCCAAGACGACGAUAGAACACGCGAUGGCGCUUCGGCCUCUGAGCGUGCCGAGUGGGACGAACUCCGGUAUGCGCUCGAGGAGAAGGUUGAGAAAGCAGAGAAUCUUAAUUCCUCACUUCGUUCCGAAAUAGACAAACUACGCAGCGAAAACGAAAGUGUCGAGAAUGGCCUCCGUGCCCAGAUCGCAGAUCUCGAGUCCCGCCCGCCUCAGCAAGCGUACGAUGACGGAGACGCUCAAUGGAGACAACGGUGCGAGGAGCUUGAACGGGAAUUGAACGAACAACAACAGGUAGCAGAGGAAGUACGGAGAGACGCAUCCAUGUUCUUGCAAGAGAUGAAGGAACUGUCAGCACGCAGCGAUGCCGCAGCCGAGAAGGAAGAGCAGAUGGCGAAUCAAGUGUCAUCAUUAGAGGCUGAGCUCAAGGACUGGAAAUCGAGAUACGCCAAGGCUAAGACGCAGCUUCGAAAUUUGAAAGCAUCCUCUAUGGGCUUAUCGCAACUUGCGUCGCCGGAUCUGCUCAACUACUCCCGCGAUGCUGCUUUUGCAACACCGGACGGACUGGUCAAGGACGUCCAUGUUACCAAGUUCCAGCUGAGCAUUGAUGAGCUGCUUCAAAACGCGCGAAGAGCAAAUUCGGAGCAGACUCUCGAGAGUAUGCGUCAUGUCGUGAAAUGUGUACGAGCCAUCACGGGCGAUAUCGAUAGCACAUCUCUUUCGCAGAUCCAGUCUCCUACCAGUAGUGUGAGUGGUGACAUUUUCGCGAGUCCUGAGAAGCAGCAAGCAAAACUCAAGUCUCGCGUUAGUGCUACAGCCAACAACCUUAUCACAGCUACCAAGAAUCAUACUUCAUCUGGGGGAUUAUCACCAGUCAGUCUGCUGGACGCUGCAGCUAGUCACUUGUCGACAGCCGUUGUGGAGCUGGUCAAGCACGUCAAAGUACGGCCCACACCGGAAGACGAACUCGAAGGAGAUGACGAGGAUGCCGAUAGGCCCAUGCCGUUAAAGUCGAACGUAUACAACAACUACAAUGCUUCCUCGCCAAGCAAUCUCAACGACAACACGAAUAGCAGCGGUGUCCCCUCAGCAUACGGUCAUCACCGCAGUCGCAGCAGCAAAGGCGGCAGCAGUGAUACUACUAGAUACAGCGCCUACAGUUCUCCAUACAGUGGAUACGAUGGCCAAACCGGCGGCAUGAACGGUGCCAAUGGCACAGGCGAUAGUGGCAUGAUUGAGUUCAAGAACUACCUCGAGGAUCAAACAGCAACCCUUGUUCAGAGCAUACAACCACUAGUUAACCUCAUCCGUGCAAACCCCGAAUCUACUCCUGGGGAUGAGCAGCAAAUCUACGAUUACAUCCAAGACAUCUCGCAAGCAGUCGAUGACACUGGCAACAAAACCUACGAUGCUGUGAACCAGCUUUCCAACCCUGCAUUGAAGAAGCAUGCGCUUCCCGUUGUAGAGGUGCUUGACGAAUGCAGACAAAACAUGCUUUCCGUCGACAUCAGGGGUGAGGGUCGCGAGAAGAUCCCGCCACUUGCGUUCAAGACCGCUAGGGCUCUCAAGGAGCUCGUACUUCGCGUAGACCGCAUCGAGUCCGGCGAGCUCACUGUCGACCAAACGCUCAAAACAGAGCUGUAA